AUGCGUCAACCUAGAAUUGCUUCGCUUCCCUCUGCUGAGGAGACGCUGAGCCAUCCAGCCUACUUAACCACUCUAUGGGCGCUGGAGCCUACUUCUCAAGGCAAACUGUCUGUGGCUGAAGGUCGCGGCGGUCCUGUCGGUAUUGCAUGGGAAGUUCACGGUGAAGGGCCCGUCAAGCUUGUGCUUGUUAUGGGUUUGGCAAGCGUCAAGACUUCGUGGCAGCGUCAAACAAAGCAUUUCGGCCAUGAUCAUGGCGACAAGUACUCAGUUCUCAUCAUCGACAAUCGUGGAAUGGGUGCCAGCGACAAGCCUUUCGGUAUCUAUUCCACAAGCGGCAUGGCGCUCGAUAUCAUCGAGGUUAUUGACCAUGUUGGCUGGACGGCUGAGCGCGAGAUUAACCUCGUAGGUAUCUCCAUGGGCGGCAUGAUAACUCAAGAGAUUGCUAUUCGCAUCCCUGAACGUCUGCAAACCCUCACUCUCAUCUGUACCUCGGCACGCGUUCAGAACACAACGGGCUUCUUGGAGACUAUCGCGGACCGCAUGGGAUGGUUGGUUCCUAAAUCCAUGGAGCGUACCAUUAUCGACACAUCUCUCAAGCUCUUCACACCCGAAUGGCUCGUCGCACCAGAUGACGAGAUACUACCCGAGCCCGGCGUCACUCCGAAAUGUGGUCCGCCUCCGCCAGAAGCUGGUCCAACAUACCGACUGUUCGAUUCCAACUUUCAGCGCUUCCAAGCUCAAGAACUUACCAAGAAGCGAAACCCCGAGGUGUUCAGCAGCACUAUGCUCAUGUGUCAACUUGCAGCAGCGGCCAUGCAUAACAAAUCAGACGAGCAGCUGCGCCAGAUAGCAGAGGCCGUUGGGUCUGAACGCAUCACUGUCAUGCAUGGAAAGCGCGACAACAUGAUCACCUUUCCCAAUGGCGAGAAACUUAUCGAUGUGUUGAAGCCAGGUACCGUCCAUAUUGUGGAUGAUAUGGGACAUGCUCCUAUCCUGGAGCGAGCAGAGUGGUUCAACAGUGUAUUAGAAGAAGAGUUGAGUAUGUGGACCAAGCCGAAGGAGGAGUAA